GAGAGAGAGAGGAGGGAGAGAGAUGGCGCCCGUCGGACUACGAGACAAAUCUGAAAUGUGCAUCUACGCCAUCGCCAGCAGCUCCGGAGGCGGGACUCAUUGCGCUAUCUCCGCAAGUGUUGACUGCUGUAGCAAUCGAUGACGAGGGAGUGCGACCAUGAGAUCGAUCGAUUGAGAAUUUUUGCGGAGGGAAGAUCGCUCUUUGGAAUCCUUUUGGUGCCGAAAAAUGGACAUUCGGAGCAAGAAAAGUUGAGAAAUUUCGUCGAUUCGUCCAGGUGGCCGAGUGAAUGAGUUAGUGGGUGGGUGGGUUGCCGGAGAUGCGUACUGACGGUCGUUCAUGGAUCAAGCCGAGCAGGGAGGGAGCCAGUUUGCUUUUUGCACGGGAUCAAGAAUCGUAUAAGGAAUCGAUGGUGAGAGGUGUAGUUGAGAGUAUUCUGUUGUUGUUGUUGUUGUGUCGGAUGGAGAUGAGAGGGUAUCGCAGAGGGCUGUACUGGUGAUUUCGUACGUCCUACGACUUCGCCGUCGUCGUCAGGGAUUAUGACACCGAGCUUCCUCGGCCGAUCCAAGUGUCUCUUUCCUAGCGCCCGCCUUAUUUGACGGACGACACCGCGGAUUUGGCAGGUGUACAUCUCCGAGGCCGUUGUGAUCUUCUCUCGAUGACGGCCUUGAGAUGGUCUGACUCCCUCCCUCCGUCUGCAUCAAGCAGGCCAUGCAAGGGCUCGUCUAUUUCCAGGCAGACAUCGGGCACAACAAACUAAUCAGGUCUUCGCUGCUCGGAGAGUCAUGUCCUGAUGCAGCCAGCACGAACGCCGCCGGCACUCAGUCACAUCGCCUAAAAUUAAGCCUUUUGUCCACUCUCCCUAUUCAAAAUCACAAUAGGACACUCAAUCCUCUCACUUCAAUCUCAUUAGCUCAUUAUCUUUGCUCACACGGCUAUGGAGAUCCAUGUAUGCAUGUCGAAUCCGUCGCAGCUUCAUCCAUGGCCUCUCCUCUCCCAUUUUCUUCUUUUUAUCUUUAAUGCAAUAUCCCUCCUGUCUUAAAUUGCGAAUGGCCAGAGAAAGUAGAGGAGGUCAAAAUUGACCAUGAAACUGAACCCAAGGCGAAUGGAGCGCAUGAAAAUCUGGUGCACACAAAUCUAGAGUAUAUACGGUACUGUUCUGAAUUGCUGGGGGUAUGUACUGUUCUGAAUUGGCUGCGACGUCAUACGUAAGAAACAGUACCGACUCUGACUUUGAUCAUUCGGUACAAUCAUGAGUGAAACAGUUAAGCCGAGGACUGUUUCGAUCCUCUGAAGUGCUCGAAAGGAGAAUAUGUAACCUCCGUUUCUUCUUGCGUGAUAUUUCUACCUCGGCAUGUGAGAGAGCUUUAGCCACUUUGGGUGAAAGGACUCCGUGCGUCAGUAGGCCACAUGCUCCUUUGGUGAGUACUUUUGAUUCCCAGUUUUGAAUGGAUUUGUGAAACCAUGAUGAUGUGGAAAGAGAUGCUUCCAAUUUUCUAUGAAACAUGAAACUACAAUGAUUGCAUACU